CAAAUCCCUUUGGGUCGCCUCCAUUCCUUUUCCAUUAAUUCAACAAGCACAAUAAUCAGCACCCAUUAUGGCAUUAAUAAUCAUGAGGAGGAGAAAACAUCAUCAGCUGCCGCACCAGCUUUCACUUCUUCUUCUUCAACAUCAUCACACUCCUCCCCCUCCUCUUCCUCACCGACUUAUUUCUUCAAUUCAUUCAUUAUCAUCACAUCAUCAUCAAAAUAAUACCAAUAAACCUCAUUCUGUAUCAUCCUUAUAUCAAUAUCAUCAUCAUUAUAAUUCUUUCCGAUAUUUGAAUCAUAGUUAUAAUUAUUAUAGGUCAUUUUCAACCAAUAGAGAUGAAAAACCUAUUUCUCAUAAUGAUGAUUCUACUAGUACUUCCUCUCCUGAGUCUGAAAUGGAUGGUUUUUUUCAUGAUUACAAUGACAAUUUCGAUUAUCACGACAUUGCUAGUGAUGUCGCCGCGCUUCCGGUUUCCGGUGAUGACGUCAUGCUUCCUAUACAAUGUCUUGUUUGGUUCCUUGAUAAAGUUCAUUACUUUACUGCCUUGCCUUGGUGGGCGGUUAUUGUUGUCUCCACGCUAGCUCUGAGAGUUGCUAUACUUCCCGUGCUUCUUGCGCAACUACAAAAUUUGAAAAAGACUGCUAUGUUGGCACCUCAAUUGCCUCCACCUAUACCACCACCUUUCUCGGGAAAAAGUUGGAUAGAGCAGUACAAACGCUUUCGGGAAAAAAGGAUAGAAAUUGGAUGCCCUUCAUUUUUAUGGAUGUUAGCGUAUCCAUCUAUUCAGAUUCCUUUCUUAUUUUUGGGGACAUUAAGUGUCCGACAAAUGGCGCUGAAUCAUCAUGCUGGAUUCGAAACUGUAAGGCGAAAAUAUUCAGGCGGUACUCUCUGGUUCCAGAAUCUGACUGAAAUGUCGCAUGGUGCUUCAGGUUUUAUUUUCCCAUUGUUGUUAGCUUCACUACAUCUAAUUAAUGUUCGGGUAUCAUUUGAGAAGUCUUCUUUGGCGAAGCUCCCAAAUGUUAUUGGCAAAUUAGCUAAGUAUUACCGGAUCUAUUUGCACUGUCUCACAAUCCCUAUGUUUUUUGUUGGAUUUUAUCUUCCUCAGGGAAGUUUGCUAUACUGGGCCGCAAAUAGCUCCUUAACCCUUGUUCAGCAAUUGGCUAUGAAGCAUCCACUUGUUCGGGAGAAGUUAGGAUUACCUGACAAGUUAGUACCUGCGGAUACUGAAAAAACUCAUGAAAUGGAUGGUCUAGAAGCCACAUUCAUAGUGCCUGCGGGUAAAAAAGCUAUCCAUGAACUAUCACAACUAGAACUCUAUAACCUUUCUAUCACACACCUAUCAAAGGGCAGAAACGAUAAAGCAGUUCCACUUCUUAGACUGAUACUUGAAAGGGAUCCUGAAUAUGUUAGAGCAUUGCUUGUUAUGGGGCAAAUAUUGAUGAAGGAUGGAAAAUUAGCUGAGGCUAUUGAAUAUUUCGAGCGUGCAAUCUCUAAACUUCUUGUGGCAGGCUAUCCAAAAGACAUUGAGGAGAUAGAUUAUUUGAUACUAUCAUCUACAUGGUCAUGUGUGGCCCUUGCAAAGCAGGGAAAAGUUGCAGAAGGAAUUGUCCACCUAGAAAAAAUAGCAAAUAUGAAAGCGCCAGAGGACUCGAAAAUCAAAACCCAUUAUUGUGAUGCCUUGUUUAUGCUUUCAAGUUCUUUAGCAAGCUUAGGGCGUGAUGUUGAGGCUGCAAAAUACUUGCGCAUCUUAACUACUUAUGAUCCAGCUUAUGGCCAAUAUUUGAAGGAUAUUGAAGGUGAAGAUAGCAAUUUUGCAAAUGAUCUUGAGAAUAGCAGAAGAAAAGAUUACUAAGCACAUUUUACCAAAUACAUUCGAUCUAUAUAGAUAGCGCAACUGACUUAAUUGUAAUAUAUUUAUAUAUCAAACUCAAAUCCUUGAUUGCUGCUGGUUUGGCGCCGGACAGGGUAAUGUAUCAAGACAAAUUUAGAGGUUCAUUAUAUAUAAGUUGAUCAAAUAUGUGUAUUUUUUGCCAUCCACAACAACGAAGGAAAAAGAAAGUAACGGGUAUACAUUUUUUGCUAGAUCGGCAUCGUUUGCUUACGAGAGCUGGUAACUGUAAUAAAUUAGAAACCUUAAUUUUUCAAAAUAGUGCUUGUGAGAUUGUCACAUGAAGAAGAUGCAAUUUAGAUUCUCCUGAA